GAGACAUUAGCAACAAUAUGGCAUUUAGGGCUGCAACUGAUUAUUUCAUUACCAAUUAAUCUGCCAAUGAUUUUCUCCUUGUAUUAUCAGUAAACAAUAAAACAAUACCCGUCUUGACCGUCUUUACCCGUCUUUAAAGUGGAGCACACCUAAAUUAAAAAUUCAAACAUGUUAUAUCCACCGCCGAGAAAAGUUCUAUCAGUGUUUGUGAACAUGAAAGCCAGAAACUAGACAAGGGAGUCUUUCUAAAAUAGUUUUGUUUCAUUGCGAAUCUUUCUUCUGAACUGGGCUUAAUGCGUCUUUCACCAGUCACUGUCUCCAGAACAGCUCCAGACCUUAUACUCUAAAGCCCUAUUCGGACGGGAUUAGUUUUACAUAGGUACGUGGGGUAAAGUAAUAAUUAUCAGAGAUUUUAGUCCCGUCCGAAUGUGCCAUGUCAGUAAUCAUUACCGCACGAUGUCAGUAAAGAUUACCACGACUUUUACCUUCUGUAAAAGGGUCCCGGAAAAUUACCUCAGGUAAUACUAAUCCCGUGCGAACAGACCAGCAGUAAAUAUGUGUGUUAGGGCUGUCAAAAAAAAAAUCGAAGUUAGAAAUAUAUUCGAAUAUAUAUAUUUUUUAUAAGUUCAAACCUAAAUUUGAUAAUUCGAAUAUCAUUAAUAAUUAAUUUAUGCUAUCAAUAAUGUUGUAUAUCACGGCGAAUCCCAUUCGGGCGGAGAUGGCUCGCGCACAAGCCGGGCCAGAGAGGGACACAGCGACGGAGGGAGAGGUGCCGAUGGAGGAGCCCGCUGCACCAACACCACCCACUGCGCUGUCCAGGAUGUGUGACCUGUUCGGGGAGACAUACAGGGAGAGUGUUGCACCUGCUGCCUCCCUGCCUACCCUUUUUGAAGAAGAGAUGAAACGUUACCAGAAUGAGACACCACUACGAGCCGACCAGGAUCCACUAUUGUGGUGGAAAACUACGCACUGAAGUAUCCAAACAUUGCUGUGGCCUCGUGCCUACGACAGAAUCACAGCCGUGACGAUACACAGUACAACAUCACUCCCUCCCGUGUGAUAUUGCUUUUAUACAACAGUUCAACAACAGCUUAAACAGCAAUGCUGAGUAAGGAAAUGUUAACAAAAGGUGAUGAAAUAAAUUAUUUAAGUAUGUUAUGGAGCUCCGCGAAAAAAACAGUUCCCCCAGUCUGUUGCCAGGCAACGCAGCACACAUGCCAGGAACUCACAAGUUAGCCUACUUUGUAUUUACAUUGAUCUGCAGCUGUGUAACUUCGUCCAGUUCGGCUGAUGAAACGUUGGCAAACCUGGAUGUUGGCACGGCAGGAUUCAGCUUCCACUCUCCCUCAUCCUCAUCAGUACCUCAUCAGAUGAUCAUUGAUAAUUCCUGACUGUGUUCGCUUCAUUUUUGCUCCUCUCCAGUUUGUCGAGCUCGGCUGAUGUUACACAAACACACCUGGAGGUCUGCACAGAAGAGUCUUGGCUUUCCUUUUCCUUGUCCUCUCAUGACGACCACUCAUAAUUUAAUUCAAAUGUAAUUUUGGGGAAAAUAUCCAUCUUCUUGGUGUAAAGCUAUAGUGUCAGUUUGUGUCAAUGUAGCGAGUGUGACAGUUGGUUAAUUAACGGUUGUAUUUAACUUUAUAACACCUGUGAGCGGAGUGAUUUUACUGUUACAAGUCCCAGUGAUGUUGUACUCUAUAUCAGCACUCACGGAAUGCCUCUCUCGUCCAAUCAAAUUACUCGGUCGGAACUAACUGUUGUAUAAUAAUAUUUUUGAGUUUUCUCAGACCACAGGAACAACAGCCAUGAAUUUUGAAAAUGGGCGCAGCUCUCCUUUAAUAUCUCAGAAAAGAAUGAAGCUGCAAAUUCUCAAAACUGCAAAGCUGGAACCAGGGAAUCUAAAGAGGAUUCAUGAUUAAUAAACUCAUGAUUAAUAAAUUCAUGAUUAACAAAGCAGUUUCUGUCAAAGACUACUCAUUUGAUUGACAACUUGAUUGAGCUCCAAUGUUCAAUUGCAACAAAAACUGUAACAGGAGAGCUUCUGUCUAUGAAGCAGCAAUGUUCAUGGUAACGUUACGAAGGUGUUGUUUUCCAUUAAUAAAAUUACGCCAGUUAACGUACAUUUUAAUGCCUUAGCUAAGUAUUAUGUUCCUUUAUCGAGGAAGCUUCCUGCUACCCUGUGUAAACAGCAGCAAGCUAGCUAAAAUAAAAACUACAUGUCUAUUUUCACAAUAAAAUCCCUUCUGGUGGAGUCAAGUGUUGAGUAUACUAGCAAAGCUUUUAUUUUGAAUUUAAAAUGACUUUUUCCGUUUGUUAUCUACGUAUUCGCGUUAGUUAACUGGUUAGUAAUGCGAGUAACGUCACGCCUAUUCAGAUAAAGCUGGUAGCGACAAGUAAUAAGAAAAGUAUGGACAGACGUACUCUCUGAUGAUGGGCUCCCACUGUGUCAUCGUCGUCAACCAGCACCCACAUGCCAAAGAGGUCCUGCUUAAGAAGGGAAAGAUAUUUGCAGGAAGGCCCAGAUCUGUAACCACAGAUGUUCUGACCAGAGAUGGGAAAGACAUCGCAUUUGGAGACUACAGUGCUACCUGGAGAUUCCACAGGAAAAUAGUCCAUGGAGCUCUGUGCAUGUUUGGAGAGGGCUCUGCCUCCAUCCAGAAGAUCAUCUAUGCAGAGGCACAGUCUCUGUGCUCCGUCCUGUCUGAGACAGCAGCUGCUGGACUGGCCCUGGAUCUGUCCCCUGAGCUGACUCGCUCUGUCACCAACGUCAUCUGUUCGCUCUGCUUCAACUCCUCCUACCUUAGAGGAGACAAAGAGUUUGAGGCCAUGCUGCGCUACAGUCAGGGAAUUGUGGACACUGUGGCAAAGGACAGCCUGGUGGACAUCUUCCCCUGGUUACAGAUUUUUCCUAAUGCAGACCUGCAUCUUCUGAAGCAGUGUGUUUCAAUCAGAGACCAACUUCUACAAAAGAAAUAUGACGAACACAAGGCAGACUACAGUGACCAUGUGCAGAGAGACCUGCUGGACGCUCUGCUGAGAGCCAAACACAGCGCUGAGAACAACAACACAGCAGAGAUCGGUGCAGAGUCUGUGGGCCUCAGUGAUGACCACCUCCUCAUGACUGUGGGUGACAUCUUUGGAGCCGGUGUGGAAACCACCACCACCGUGCUCAAAUGGGCUGUCAUCUACCUCAUCCAUCACCCACAGGUGCAGAGGCGUAUCCAGGAGGAGCUAGACAGUAAGGUGGGAGGGGACCGGAACCCACAGCUCAGUGACAGAGGCAGUCUGCCCUACCUGGAGGCCACCAUCAGGGAGGUAUUACGGAUCCGCCCUGUGGCCCCUCUGCUCAUCCCCCAUGUGGCCCUCAGUGACACCAGCAUCGGGGAUUUCACAGUGAGAAAAGGAACUCGAGUCAUCAUCAACCUGUGGUCUCUGCACCAUGAUGAGAAGGAGUGGAAAAACCCUGAGCUCUUUGACCCUGGUCGGUUCUUGAACACUGAAGGCACAGGUCUGAUCAUCCCAUCACCCAGCUACCUGCCGUUUGGUGCUGGGAUCAGGGUGUGCCUCGGUGAGGCCUUGGCCAAGAUGGAGCUCUUCCUCUUCUUGUCGUGGAUCCUACAGCGCUUCACCCUCUCUGUCCCACCUGGUCACCCUCUGCCCAGUCUGGAGGGCAAGUUUGGUGUGGUCCUCCAGCCAGCCAAAUACAAGGUGAAUGCCGUGCCUAGACCAGGCUGGGAGAGAAACAAGUGCCAGGCAUGUUGAGACUGGCUGCAUGGUCUCAACAACACUGGCUCACAUUUGUGACCUGAGAGUCUUUGGGUUUUUUCAGAUAGCCAAGCAUACAUGAUGCAGGCAGAUGGUCAAAGAUGUAGCAGUGAAGUGGACAUAUGACAACAUCUCUUUAUGUGCAUGACAUCUAUUAUUAUUAUUAUUAUUAUAUCUUCACAAUUAAGGGCGUCACAACAUACUGGUAUUGACGAUAAUGGGGAUAUUUGAAAAUGAAAUACUGAUAUCAUGUUAAUAAUGUACUAAUAUACACCGAGUAGCCACAACAUUAAAACCACUGACAGGUGAAGUGAGUAACAUUGAUUAUCUCAUUGCGAUGCAAUGUUCUGCCUGGAAACCUUGUCACCUGCCUCUUGACACAUACCAUCCAGCUAAACAUCACUGCAGACCAACUACACCCCCUCAUGGUAACGGCAAUCCCUGAUGACUCCUUGUGGCUCAUUGGUUUAUAUGAUUACAUUGUGUAUAUAAUCCAGUGCCUCUUACAUAAUUUCCUUUUAGUUACAUUCUUGCUUUGUCGCACUCCCCAGCACCAUCUGGUUUCCUUUUCACUAUCCAUUAAGUGUAAUUGCUCUUUUUGUACGCUUUUGUACAGUUCUGGUUACAGAUCCUCUCUCCAUCUCCCUCAUAUUUUUAAUGUAAUUAUUUGCCAAAUAAACGAGAUUA